AUGUCGGGUAAAACGUGUCAAAGUUUUGAAGAGAAAACCAAAAACUACCGCGGAAACGAGAUAGUGACGGUCAAGUUCCUCACGGACGCUAACGAAACGCUGACGCAAGCGUUUGACCUUAACACGGACAUCGGUGCACUCAGGUCGCACCUGCGCCGGACGUUAAACGUGGACCAGAACCUGCCGAUCAUUGUCGAGCGCGAAGAAGUGGGCGGAGAAGUGUCGAGUAGACCUUGUGACGAGCAGACGCUCGAGGAGCUCGGGGCGACGUCGUUGGGCAUUUUCGAACUGCGCUUGAGAGGCGACGGCGUACGGCUUCCCAAGCCACCCGCGUACUACUUGCCAGCGGUGGACGUCAUCACAGUGGACGUGAACCGCAAGAGACUAGUGGUGGAAAUCGAACGGUGUGGCCCGGCGGACGGCCAUCAUAAACGGUGGCUGGGCGGGUACCGGGACAAGCGGACCGGCAAGACGUACCACCACGCGACCGCGCAGACCGAUCCCUGCAGGCCUGUGGUCAGCGACGUGAACGUCGUUCACCGGGUGGACGGCCGGACGCAGACUUGCAUGGACAGGGCGGUGGGUCGGCCGACGAGCCGAACGACGUGGACGCAGACCGAUCACGACGAGUUUUGCAGCGGCGGUUUCGUGUACAUGAUGGACGGAAAACAGGUGAAACCGGGACGUUACCACAGUUAUGAAUCGUGGUUACGGGAAGAUCACGUCCUGAAUAGCGUGCUCAAGAUACAGCGGGCGUUCAGGAGGACUUUGGCAGCGCGCAAGAGACGGCGUCUGGUGGCUGCAGCCGAAGCGGAGAAGGACGACGAACAGCGACGACUGCUGCUGCGGCAGAGGCAGUCGCGCAGCACGACGUCGGGACCCGACAGCGGUGCGGUGGUGACAUCGGCUCUGGAAUCUAAGCAGCAACACUUCUAUUCGCUGUACACGAUGAUCGGAAAGUGGUGGAAGAAAGAGCGGCAGCGGAUCAAGGAGAUCGAGGCGGAGAAGUCUAGGAAGGCGGCGCAGAUGAACCUGCUCAAGAAGGAGAUCAAAUUCCUGUUGGAGAUGGAGAAACAGCGGUCAGAGCUCAAGUACGAGCUGACCAAGCACGACGACGUGACGUUCCUGAACAAGACGUCCAAACCGAAGAUGUUCAAGAACAGAGCGGGCAAACUGCUUACUGUGGACACGGUGGGUAACCAGAAGGCCCGUGCGCUAAAAGAGAUCUACGCGAAAAUCGUGAUCCCGCACGAGGGCGUGAACCGGGCCGAGGCACUAGACGAGCUGUACACCGCGGUGUCCGGGUCGUGUUACAAGUACAAGGAGCACUUGCUGGCCGCCGUGGCCGUGGAAAAGGGCCUGGCCGCAAUGGGCGCGGACGCGGCCAGCCUGCGGUCGGCGCGGUCCCGGGUCGAGCAGAUGUUUCGUCACUACAUCCGGCAGCCGGACGUGAAUCCGGAAGCGGACUCGUACUACCGGCCCACCGAAAAGCGGCUGCUCAACGUAUACACGUGCAUCCGGUGCAAACGCAACUUGGCGGCCACCGACUUUUCGCUGGAGAGCCGCGUGAACCGGACCAACGUGUGCGCCAGUUGCGAGUGGACCGAACAGGUGGGACACAAGCGCAUCGACAUGGCGCCGUACCGACGGAUGCUGAAAGCGCUCCGGCACGACGAGAUGCAAAUGGCCGCGUACGGAUCUGAAUGUUUCCUGAUGCAGCCCACCGAGGUGUACCGGCUGGUGUCCAUCGUGUGGCGCGAGAAGUCGGCGGUCGGCGAGUCGGGCCAGCUCAACGGGCUCCGACUGGUCCGGUGGCGCCGUCACGAGCCCUGGUCGCCGUGGAACUGCGUGCUGCUUACCAAGGCAGAGGCGGAGUCCCACUGCCGGCUGGACGGCGACCCGGCCGACUGUUACGACGAGCAGUUCGUCCGGUCCGUCACCAACAAACACCUUAUGGCCCGACUUCAGUUCAGCAACCUGGUGCAGGCAGUCGACCACCGAACCGCCAACAGAAUGAAACCACUGUCGAAACAUUGGAAAACCGUCGCCGAUCGUUUUAACAUCAAGAUGCGUAAAUAGACGAGUAGGUAGGUAAGUAUCGGUCGCAUUGUGCUGCUGGACGAGUCUGUGCCGUUGAGGUUGAAUCAUAUAAGUAUAUUUGGAACUUUUGGAAUUUGACCGCGGCAAACUCCGUGAUGUAGGUUUAGGGACCAGACGUUCUAUCCAAGUACACAGUUGUACGAAUAGGAGCUACUCAGCUGGCAGCUCAUGAUCAUUAUUAAUUAUUA